AUGAAGAAGGUGAUGACGGCGUCGAGCGAGGCCGUCCAGCGGCGGAAGCUCAUGAAGCGCUGCUUGACCGACGAGAUCAUGGACAUCCUGCGUGACUCGGACGACAGCGACGGCAUGGACUCGAGCGCGAGCGCGUCUGGGAGCGUGCCUCGCGUGCGCGCCUCCAAGAGCGAAGAGAUGACCCGGCCCGUGGCCUCCCCGCUGCAGCGGCGCAACGUGAUCUGGCGCGACCACAAUGUCGACGACGUCGACGUCGACAGCAACGACUCUGUCGACAGUCUGCCGCAGAAUCGGGCUACAUUGGCCGAGCUGGCCGGCCACGGCAGUCCGGUCAAACGGCACCCCAAGGCCGAGGCGCGCCCGAGCCGGCGGGAGUCGGCCGAGGAGCGGCGGACCCGGAAGCAGCUGGCGAAGAAGCGGGCCAAGCUGCAGCGGCGCGAGAUGAAGAAGCUCGAGAAGCGGGCCAAGAAGGAGGAGAAGAAGCGCGCCCGGGUGUGGAUGCGCGAGGUCAAGGACCUCAAGCGGCAGCUCCGCCUCCAGAAGAAGAAGCGCAACAAGGACAAGCAGCAGCCCGACGACGAUGUCGACAGCAGCAGCCAGGAGGUGGUAGCCGAGCGACUCGAUGAGGUCUCGGCCGGCAAGGUCGGCAGCAGCGGCGGCGGCGCGAAGAAGCACAGCCACUUCUUCGGAAAGCUGAGGCGGAAGAAGGACCUCACCAAGAAGAAGAACGAAGACGAUGUCGACACCAAGAACAAGAAUGAAGACGACGACGACGAAGAUGAGGAGACCGCCGUGUCGCCACGUCAGCAGCGUCGUCGGGCCUUCAAGUCGGUGUCUCUGCGCGCGAUGCGCAAGAAGGACUCGACCACGCCCGACCACAGCGUCCCGGCCGACGAAGCAGCUGCCGAGGAGACCACAAGCGCCGGCGGCGGUGGCAGGCUCGUUUCGUUCUGGCGCAAGCGGCCCCACGGGGGGUCGAAGAAGGCCAAAGACGCCGUGCAGCCGCAGCCCCAGUCGCAGCCGGGGGCGACAGCCGAGAACGACGAGAACGAAACGCCCACGUCGAGCGUGAGCGCUCGGCUGCCCAUGGACACCCUUCUGGCCAACAGUCGUCAAACGGGCUCGUCCGCCGUCGGCAUCACCGACCACGAUGGCGACAACGGCGACAACAACGACAACUACGAGGCGGUCGAGGGUAGCGGCGAGCGCGAGGUCGACGGCGACGACGACGAGGUCGAGGAGGAGCAGCUGAUCGAGGAGGACGAAGAUGAAGAAGACGAGCUCGAGGAGUGGGAGCGCGGUAAGGGAAAAGAAGUGGAGCAGCAGCAGCAGCUCUAUGAAGGUGAAGAGGAAGAAGAGGUGCGUGUAGCGGAGGACAAGGGCAAGGAGAAGGAGGAGCAGAAGGAGGAGUGGUGUACCGCGGCAGUCGUGCCGGUGGCGACGCAUAAUACCAGGCAGGCGGAGGGCGAGAUCCGGUACAGCGUGGCGGUGCAGGCCAUGGGCCAGCCGCUCUUCGGCAAAUCGCUGGCCCGGCUCAUCGAGAACCAGCGCCUCGAGGAAAAGAUGCUCGGAAUUCCAACGCUGGCAGUGCCUCGCGUGAUGUACAUCCUCUGCCGUGCGCUCCUCCAGCGAAGCGGCGCUGCGGGGAACAUGGAGGGCCUUUUCCGAGUGUCGGGCAGCAGCGUUGAGGUGCAACGGCUCCAGGACCAGCUCGAAAUCAGGGACUAUGACGUGUGCGCGUUCGAUUGCUAUGCGAUCGCGUCGUGCAUGGAGGCGUGGCUGUCCCAGCUGCCCGAGCCGAUCAUCCCCGAGGAAUUCUACAAUGACUGUGUCAAGAAUGCCAACAGGCCCGACCAAUCCCUGCUCAUCAUCGACCGCAUCCCCGAGAUCAACAAGUGCGUGGUGUGGUGCAUCUGCGAGUUCGUGCGGCGAAUCACGCAGCCCAAGCAGGUCAUCAAGACCAUGAUGAACGCACACAACCUCGCCAUCGUGUUCGCGCCCAGCCUCCUUCGGUGUGGCGACCAGGCGAUCAUGUUUUAUCUUUCGACGUUCGAAGUGAUGUUCGUGCAGAACCUCUUCCAGAGCUACGCCAACCUCGGCGUGCCCCUCAUUUCCCUCGACUGA